UCUAAACUCCUUGCAUCAAAGUGACAAUCGGUAUUUGUUUUGUUAUGGUGGAAUGUCAGAUGAUACAAUGCCGUUGGGCAUAAAGCCUGAGUGCUAUAAGUGUAAUGUAACUGAAAGUAAACUUUGGAAACAGACAGCCGAUGGCUUCGUGUGUGCGGACUGUUGUGAUUUGGUAACUAAGACCUCUUGCCCUCCCAAGAAUGAAGACAUUGCUUCACAGUCGUCGAAGUCCCAAGAAACAGCGCCACGUAUUGCAACUCGUAAGAGUACAAGAAGUACGCGGAAUUACAAAACAAGAUUAAAUCCAUACGCUCUUCCGAAGCCUCUUACUCCAAAGGGUAAAGGGAGGCGUGUUAUCUUCAAGAAAACCCCAACCAAAGCACCUACGGCAGUUGCUACACCUGUGACAAGCAAUUACGUAUUUUACAAGGGUAGCUAUUUCCAGGUUGGGGACAUAGUCUCUGUGCAGGACAUUGAUGGUGGAUUAUAUUAUGCCCAAAUAAGAGGUCUCCUUACAGAUCAGUACUGUGAAAAAAGCUGUGUUCUGACGUGGCUCAUUCCUACCACUGCCAGUCCUGAUCCCAAUGAGGGGUUCGAUCCCUCAACCUACAUAAUUGAACUUCAACAACAAAGAGGAGGAACCAGCAGGCCUGAAGAACAACUGCUCUUUAAGAAUUCCACUUGGUCACUGUGAGCUGCGGGACUGACUGUUGGGGAGCUAUGGGGGCCACUGUCCGGCAGGCCAUCUGAAGGUCUAGCUAUAAGGGCACUACCUAAGAACAGAUUGGCAUCUGUAAUUUUUUUGGCAUGACACCACUGCUGCCCAUGUCCAUUCCUGUGACCAACUUCGAAGCUGCUGAUCUCUCUCAUACCAGGAGGCCACGGUGCUUCUCUGCAUAAGCUGGUAGACGCAUUUCCUGUGUGCAGUCCACGACAGGAUUGUAGGUACCUUGGUCAUCAUCUACAGGAAUCUGUUGGCUGUCUUGGGCAGUGCAGAUGGCGACACUCGCUAACUCCAUGGAGCAAAGAUCUCCUGAUGACUUUGGUGCUGACACUCUUAACUCUGCUGCUGCCAUUGUGGCUAUGGACUGCCCCUGGUCAGCACAUACUAGGCAGGCACUUAACAGCUUGUGGUCCCACCAGCAAUGA